AUGGACCUCUCAGGGAACAUCUUACAUCAAGGACCUCUCAGGAAACAUCUUACAUCAUGGACCUCUCAGGAAACAUCUUACAUCAUGGACCUCUCAGGAAACAUCUUACAUCAUGGACCUCUCAGGAAACAUCUUACAUCAUGGACCUCUCAGGAAACAUCUUACAUCAUGGACCUCUCAGGAAACAUCUUACAUCAUGGACCUCUCAGGAAACAUCUUACAUCAUGGACCUCUCAGGAAACAUCUUACAUCAUGGACCUCUCAGGAAACAUCUUACAUCAUGGACCUCUCAGGAAACAUCUUACAUCAUGGACCUCUCAGGAAACAUCUUACAUCAUGGACCUCUCAGGAAACAUCUUACAUCAUGGACCUCUCAGGAAACAUCUUACAUCAUGGACCUCUCAGGGAACAUCUUACAUCAUGGACCUCUCAGGGAACAUCUUACAUCAUGGACCUCUCAGGAAACAUCUUACAUCAUGGACCUCUCAGGAAACAUCUUACAUCAUGGACCUCUCAGGAAACAUCUUACAUCAUGGACCUCUCAGGAAACAUCUUACAUCAUGGACCUCUCAGGAAACAUCUUACAUCAUGGACCUCUCAGGAAACAUCUUACAUCAUGGACCUCUCAGGAAACAUCUUACAUCAUGGACCUCUCAGGAAACAUCUUACAUCAUGGACCUCUCAGGAAACAUCUUACAUCAUGGACCUCUCAGGAAACAUCUUACAUCAUGGACCUCUCAGGAAACAUCUUACAUCAUGGACCUCUCAGGAAACAUCUUACAUCAUGGACCUCUCAGGAAACAUCUUACAUCAUGGACCUCUCAGGGAACAUCUUACAUCAUGGACCUCUCAGGAAACAUCUUACAUCAUGGACCUCUCAGGAAACAUCUUACAUCAUGGACCUCUCAGGAAACAUCUUACAUCAUGGACCUCUCAGGGAACAUCUUACAUCAAGGACCUCUCAGGAAACAUCUUACAUCAUGGACCUCUCAGGAAACAUCUUACAUCAUGGACCUCUCAGGAAACACUUUAAAUCAUGAUUCUAAGAAGGUAAGAGUUGUAGCUCUGCGAAGAACAGAAGUCUACCAAAUUUUAAGAGAGGGCAAAAAGCCUAAAUUAAAAACUUAUUCCUUUGCAAACUUCGAUGGCGAGGAAGCAGAGCCUUGCGUUCAACACAAAGUUGGUGGAUCAGCCAGGCCUCAGGAGAGGAUUUUUCCCGCGCGAGACGACGACAUCGAAAUUCCAGGAUGUGAAGGCGAUGAUUUGUUGGGCGUUGGUGGGCGUAACCAAUAA